AUGCAGGAGUCGGAGCCCAGCGUGCGUCAGCUGCAGCCCAACAUCAUCUCCGUGCGCCUCUUCAAGCGCAAGGUGGGUGGCCUGGGCUUCCUGGUCAAGCAGCGCGUGUGCAAGCCGCCGGUCAUCGUGUCCGACCUGAUCCGGGGCGGCGCGGCCGAGGAGUGCGGCCUGGUGCAGGUGGGCGACAUCGUGCUGGCCGUCAACAACAAGCCGCUGGUGGACCUGAGCUACGAGCGGGCGCUGGAGACGCUGAAGAACGUGUCGGCCGAGAGCCACGCCGUGCUGAUCCUGCGCGGGCCCGAGGGCUUCUCCACGCACCUGGAGACCACGCUGAGCGGCGACGGUCGCCAGCGCACCGUGCGCGUCACCCGGCCCGUCCUCUUCCCCGCCUCCAAGUCCUUCGAGCGCGGCGGCCCGCCGCUGAGCGCCAGCUGCAAGGAGCUGCGCGCCAUCGAGAACCUCUCGCUGACCCCGGUGGCGUCCGGCGUGGGCCCGCGCAAGGAGCCGGCGCCGCCGCCGCCGCCGCGCUCGCUCGUCCCCCUCAUCGAGCAGGACCCCCUCCUGAGGGACGGCGGCGGCGACGGACUCAACUCGCCGCUGCUGCUCAACGGCGUGGAGGAGAACAACGACCUGCUGAAGGAGAUCGAGCCCGUGCUCAAGCUCAUCAAGAACAGCAAGAGGGAGCUCAACGGCGACGGACAGAGAGCCGCAGUGGACCGCAGAGACGCCGAGGUCCAAGUAGACAGGGAUCUGUGCCUGGGAAAUGGCAUGACCUCGCAGCUGGCGUCCGAUAACGACAGAGUGUUUGAUGACCUCUGGAGGAAGGACAACAUGCCCACGGUGCUCAACAACCCGUACUCUGAGAGCGCCGACGAUAGGGGAGCGCCGCCCUCGGGCAGGACAUCGCCCAACAGAAACCUGGUGAACGGCAGUCCCUCCAAGUGCCCGCGCUUCAUGAAGAUCAAGAACUGGGAGAGUGGCACGGUCUACAGCGACACACUGCACCUCAGUGCCAGCAACCAGGUACCCAUCUGCACCGAGAAGGUGUGCCUCGGUUCCAUCAUGACACCCAACCAGCAGAGCCGCAAGCCAGAUGAGGUGCGAACCAAAGAGCAGCUUCUUCCCCUGGCCACUGACUUCAUCAAUCAGUACUACAGCUCCAUAAAAAGAUGUGGCUCCAAGGCGCACGUCGACAGGCUGGAGGAGGUGACGAAGGAGAUCGAGACGACGGGCACGUACCAGCUGAAGGACACGGAGCUCAUCUACGGCGCCAAGCACGCCUGGCGGAACGCUGCCCGAUGCGUGGGCAGGAUCCAGUGGUCAAAGCUGCAGGUAUUUGAUGCCAGAGACUGUUCAACAGCUCAUGGGAUGUUUAAUUCCAUCUGUAAUCAUAUCAAAUAUGCCACCAACAAAGGCAACCUCAGAUCGGCCAUCACCAUAUUCCCCCAGAGGACGGACGGGAAACACGACUACCGCGUGUGGAACAACCAGCUGAUCCGCUACGCUGGCUACAAGCAGCCUGACAGCUCUGUACUGGGAGACCCAGCCUCAGUGGAGCUCACAGAGAUCUGUAUGCAGCAGGGCUGGAAAGCCCCACGCGGGCGCUUCGAUGUCCUCCCCCUCCUGCUGCAGGCCAACGGGAACGACCCAGAGCUGUUUGAGCUGCCCGACGACCUCAUCCUGGAGGUGCCCAUCAUCCACCCAAAGUUCGAGUGGUUCAAGGAGCUGGAUCUGAAGUGGUACGGGCUGCCCGCCGUGUCCAACAUGCUGCUGGAGAUCGGCGGCCUGGAGUUCACCGGCUGCCCCUUCAGCGGCUGGUACAUGGGCACAGAGAUCGGCGUCAGGGACUUCUGCGACAGCUCGCGAUACAACAUCCUGGAGGAUGCUGCCAAGAUGAUGGGACUGGACACCAGGAAAACCUCCUCUCUGUGGAAGGACCAGGCCCUGGUGGAGAUUAACAUUGCUGUCCUGUACAGCUUCCAGAUAUCUAAGGUGACCAUAGUGGACCACCACUCGGCGACAGAGUCCUUCAUCAAGCACAUGGAGAACGAGUUCCGUGUGCGGGGGGGCUGCCCGGGAGACUGGGUAUGGAUCGUGCCGCCCAUGUCGGGCAGCAUCACGCCAGUGUUCCACCAGGAGAUGAUCAAUUAUCGCCUUACGCCCUCGUUCGAGUACCAGUCCGACCCCUGGAACAAUCACGUGUGGAAGGGGGUGAACGGGACUCCCACCAAGAAGAGAACCAUCGGAUUCAAGAAGCUCGCCAAGGCGGUGAAGUUCUCUGCAAAGCUCAUGGGUGCAGCCAUGGCCAAGAGGGUGAAGGCCACCAUUCUGUUUGCCACUGAGACGGGCAAAUCUCAGGACUACGCCAAAACGCUCUGUGAAAUCUUCAAGCACGCUUUUGAUGCCAAGGUUAUGUCCAUGGAGGAGUAUGACAUGGUCGACCUUGAACAUGAGACGCUGGUUCUGGCCGUGACCAGCACCUUUGGCAAUGGGGACCCCCCUGAAAACGGAGAGAAGUUUGGUGCAGCUUUGAUGGAAAUGAGACAUCCCACUUCCAACACAGAGGACAGAAAGAGCUACAAAGUACGGUUCAAUAGUGUCUCCUCCUACUCGGACACACGCAAAUCCUCCAGUGACGAGCCGGAGCCCAAAGACAACUUUGAGAGCACGGGGCCUCUGGCAAACGUCAGGUUUUCUGUGUUUGGCCUUGGCUCCAGGGCCUACCCACACUUCUGCGCCUUUGCCCACGCUGUGGACACUCUGUUCGAGGAGCUGGGGGGGGAGCGCAUCCUACGCAUGGGGGAGGGAGACGAGCUGUGCGGCCAAGAGGAGUCUUUCAGAACCUGGGCCAAGAAGGUUUUCAAGGCUGCGUGUGACGUCUUUUGCGUCGGAGACGACGUGAACAUCGAGAAGGCGAACGACUCGCUCAUCAGUAAUGACCGGAGCUGGAAAAAGAGCAAGUUCCGUCUGACGUACACCGCCGAGGCGCCCGCACUCACUCAAGCACUUUUCUCCGUCCAUAAGAAGAAAGUUUCUGGUGCCAAGCUCUUAGCGCGAGAGAACCUACAGAGUGAGAAAUCCACGCGCUCCACCAUAUUUGUGCGGCUCGCCACAGAUAACCACGACAGCCUGAGAUACCAGCCUGGGGACCAUCUGGGCAUCUUCUCGGGCAACCAGGAGGACUUGGUCAUGGCGCUCAUUGAGAAGCUGGAAGACGCCCCGCCUGUCAAUCAAAUAGUCAGGGUGGAGUUUCUAGAAGAGAGAAACACAGCCUUAGGGGUGAUCAGCAACUGGACAGAUGAGAACCGCAUCCCCCCCUGCACCAUCUACCAGGCCUUCAAGUACUUCCUGGAUAUCACCACCCCACCCACCCCUGUGCUCCUGCAGCAGUUUGCCUCUCUCACCACCAACGAAAAACACAAGAAGAAGCUUGAAGUUCUCAGUAAGGGUCUACAGGAGUAUGAGGAGUGGAAGUGGUACAACAACCCCACCCUGGUGGAGGUGUUCGAGGAGUUCCCGUCGCUGCAGAUCCCCUCCACCCUCCUGCUCACCCAGCUGUCUCUCCUCCAGCCGCGUUACUACUCCAUCAGCUCCUCCCCCGACCUCUACCCUGGGGAGAUCCACCUCACCGUGGCCGUGGUGUCCUACCUCACCAGAGAUGGGGACGGCCCGAUCCAUCACGGAGUUUGCUCCUCCUGGCUCAACAGCAUUGAGACGGACGAAAUGGUCCCCUGCUUCGUUCGAGGGGCUCCCUCUUUCCGACUGCCCAAAGACGUGAGGGUUCCGUGCAUUCUGGUCGGCCCAGGGACUGGCAUUGCCCCCUUCAGAAGCUUCUGGCAGCAGAGGCUGUUUGAUCUGGAGCACAAGGGGAUCAAGUCCUGUCCCAUGCUACUGGUGUUUGGCUGUCGGCAGUCAGAGAUUGAUCACAUCUACAAGGAGGAGACCCUACAGGCAAAGAACAAGGGCAUGUUUAAAGAACUUUACACCGCCUACUCAAGAGAACCAGGAAGACCAAAGAAAUAUGUGCAGGAUGCGCUUCGCGAGCAGCUGUCAGAGACUGUGUACAAGUGCCUAAGGGAGGAGGGCGGCCACAUCUACGUGUGUGGAGAUGUCACCAUGGCUGGAGACGUGCUCAAGACAGUGCAGCAGAUCAUGAAGCAACACGGGAACAUGACACUGGAGGAUGCUGGCUUCUACAUCAGCAAGCUCAGAGAUGAGAACCGGUAUCAUGAGGACAUAUUCGGGGUUACGCUGCGCACGUAUGAGGUCACCAACAGACUGCGAUCGGAAUCCAUUGCGUACAUCGAGGAGAGCAAAAAGGACACAGAUGAGGUCUUCUGUUCAUAAGGUGCCAUUUGCGGAGGUUUGGGUGGAAAAGACUGGUCAGAAGUGCACAACCAUCGAGUAAAACGGCUUGUCAAGAAUACUGUGUCCAUAUUUUUCAUUUUUCGUCUUUUUUUUGUUCAAAGAAAAAGAAAAAAGAAAAAUCACAUUAUGCUUUGUUAUGCCUAACUCUGAAUUUCAGCACUCUGCAACUUCCUUUAAUGUUCAUUUUGUAAAAGAGAUAAAUGUUUUGCUCUCUCACUGUAAAAUUGUAAAGAUCUCAAAUCCAAAUGAGGAUUUAC